UUUGCAUUUUAUUAGCUAAAAAUGAUUUCAAAGCGUAAUUGGAAGAGUGCAAUAGGUGUGAUUGCGCUCCUGGCAAGUGCAGCACACAGCUAUCUUCUGCAACAGCCGAUAGUGCACGUGGAAAUGGAGAAGGCCGGUAUGCACAGAACAUUAACGUACAGAGUGCAGUUCGAUUUUCCCCUGGCGGGCAAGGACUGUGACUAUAUGCUGCUGCAACCGCUGCCAGCAGCCGUUUACAUAAGCACAGACGAGCUGGAUGAUUUGCAGCGCCUCAAAAGACUAAGUGCCGUCUACCCGAAGUUUGUGAACAUUGAAGAGCCCACUGAGAGGGCGCAGCCGUUCUCUGUGUUGUUGCGCGGCGUGCCGAAACUAAUGGAAAUUGUAACGCUUCCAAUUCAUUUUCGCUAUCACGCACCGAGCGAUAAGAGAUCCACCAGCAUGGUAGCUAUAGCUACGCCAGAACUCUAUCUGAACUGUCCGAUCGCUGAUAGUGAGCUGGUUGACAAUGAAUUGGUUGCCCGACCUGAUAAGCUGUACUGCCUGAACGCGCACAAAAGCAGAUUUGACGAAAACAUCGUCACAGAUACGGAGCCGACAACCCUCCACAAUCUGGAGCGUUGCAACUGGAAGCAAAUACAUGUGGAAUACCAGCUGAGGGCGCCUCUAAGAGCAGAAAUACCCGUUGGCAAUACGAAUGCAUAUGCUCCUGUUCUUUAUGGCACCAUUAUACUCACCUGGACGAUGGCCAUUUGGACAAUGCUACGCACACUGUCAUCUUCGCGCCGCAUUAAUCAGCGACUUAACGAACAGCGGCAGUUGCAGCGAAAGGUCAAGUAACAUGCAACGAAAUCGGUACGUUUCCAUUCCAAUAUCGAGACAGUUCUGAACGGGGAUGGAAGCAGUGGAUAAGAGUGAUUAGGUUCCUUUACUUCUCGUCAGACGAACAAAGAAUUUAGUAUUGUAAAUAUUUAUUGGUAUACUCGGAGCAAGCAGAGACAGACGAUGAUAAGACAAUUCAAAUAUUUAAACAUAUUCCGGACAUAAUACAUAUGAAACGUGCCACACAUCGUAAGCUUUAUAUUAAGCUUAUCACAAAUUGUAGUCAUAUUAAGCUUAGUAUUAACAUAAACCUAAACCAAAGUCUUUAAUUAUAACUAAAGCAUAUAUCAAA